UGGACACCAAAACACGUGGUUUUUGUUGAGUUCGAAUUAAUUACAUUUCUUUCUGUUUUCGCUAUGUGCGUGUGUCGUUCUCCCUUUCCGGCUGUACGGCCGCAGCAUUCAUCCCACUUUUAACAGGAUGUCUCUUUUGAGUUCCCUGACACUGGUAGACCUGUGGGUUCCAGCAACCGUGAUGGUACUCGGCGGUUUAAUAGCGGGCAUCAGCAGGAAGUUGUCUCUGCUCGCGAACUUGCGUUUCAAGGUCGACAAAUCGUCACUACGGAAUGGUGGCGACUUGGUAGCCGAUGUGCUUAAGGCUCACGAUGUCAAGUUUUUGUUCUGCCUCAGUGGCGGUCACAUUUCACCCAUCUUGGUGGCAGCGGAGCGCGAAGGCAUUCGUGUCGUGGACACGAGGCAUGAGGUUAAUGCAGUCUUUGCGGCUGAUGCGGUGGCGAGGCUUUCUGGAAAGAUCGGGGUGGCCGCCGUCACAGCUGGACCAGGUCUGACUAACACGGUGACUGCUAUCAAGAAUGCUCAGAUGGCCGAGUCCCCCGUGCUUUUGCUGGCCGGUGCAGCUGCGACAGCUGUCAAAGGACGAGGUGCUCUGCAAGACAUUGAUCAGCUGUCGCUGUUCAAAUCGCUGUGCAAGUUCACGGCCACUGUCACUACAGUCAGGGACAUUGUUCCUACACUGCGAACAGCACUGCAGAAGGCGCAGUCCGACACACCAGGCCCUGUAUUUGUGGAGCUUCCAAUUGACGUCCUCUACCCGUAUGGGAUAGUGCAGUCCGAGGUUGGCUUCAAAGGAAGGCCGGGCAGCCUUGGACAGAAGCUAGUUAAACUGUACCUGGAUUACUACAUGCACAACCUAUUUGCUGGCGCAUUCCAGCCCAGAGAUGUCUCACCUCUGCCGGUCUCCAUUCCCUUGGCAAGACCAUCCGAAGUCCAGCAGUGUGCGGAGAUCAUCUCGCGUGCCAAGCGGCCCGUCUGCAUUGUGGGCAGCCAGGCAACGCUGCCUCCCUUACCUGUGCAGGAACUGAAGGCAGCACUUGAGAAACUGGGCAUUCCUUGCUUCCUUGGAGGCAUGGCUCGAGGCCUGCUGGGUCGCCACAGCGAGCUGCAGAUGCGCCACUGCCGUAGGGAUGCCCUGGCACAGGCUGACGUGGUCAUCCUCGCAGGCUCGGUGUGUGACUUUCGCCUAUCAUACGGCCGUGUACUGAGCCGCAAGUCAAAGAUCAUUGCCGUUAAUCGAAGCAGGUCACAGCUUUACAAGAACUCGGAUGCAUUUUGGAAGCCAACGGUAGCUGUGGAGGCCGAUGUUGGAUCAUUCCUGCAAUCUUUGACCCAAGCCCUGCCCGACUUUAAGUGUGAUCCAUCGUGGAUUCAAACGCUACGAAACAUGGACAACGCCAAAGAAGAAAAGAACAAAGCGAUGGUAGAUGCACCAGCUGACAAGCACCUGAACCCUCUGAAGGUUCUCAAUGAACUGGAAGCAUCUCUGCCGGAUGACACCAUCCUGGUCGCCGAUGGUGGUGACUUUGUCGGAACUGCAGCCUACAUUCUCAGGCCGAGUGGGCCAUUGAGGUGGCUAGAUCCCGGUGCCUUCGGAACGCUGGGUGUUGGUGGGGGCUUUGCCCUGGGCGCAAAGUUGUGCCAUCCUGAAUCCUUGGUGGUAAUUAUAUAUGGAGAUGGCUCUCUCGGUUAUUCCAUGCUGGAGUUUGACACCUUCGUGAGGCACAAGAUUCCAGUCAUGGCCGUGGUUGGCAACGACGCGUGUUGGAUGCAGAUCUCUAGGGAGCAGGUCAAAAUGUUCAAGAGCAAUGUUGCUUGUGGGCUGAGUUACACGGACUACCACAAGUCGGUCGAGGGCCUCGGUGCAAAGGGCAUGCUAAUGUCACUGCCAGACAAGGACCGGCUGGCCGAAAUCUUUAAGGAGGCACAAAGGUUGAACGCAGAGGGCCACAGUGUGCUCAUUAACUGCCUUAUUGGCAAGACCUCCUUUAGGGAAGGGAGCAUCUCGGUGUAACGUCGAACACACUGCCUUUGUCUGUUCCUGUUCUGCGGUGUCGUUGCGGCUGCCCAGCUGUGAUCCAGUGUAAGAAUCGGGCGACGUGUGGUGGGUCCACUUAAUUUGCUCAUGCCCCACUAUUCGUUUCAACAGUGCAACAUGGGAAACAUCUGCAUAGUAGCAUUCCACCUGCCAUGGUGGCUUAGUGGAUGUGGCACUGCGCUGCUAAGCCUGAGGGCGUGGGUUCAAUUCCCAGCCACGGCUGCUGCAUUUCAGUGAAGGCAAAAUGCGAAAAACGCCCGCGUGCUUACUUUGGUGCACUUAAGAAACCACAGGUGGUCAAAAUUAAUGCAGAACUCUCCACUGUGGCAUUCUAAUGUCACAUCUACCUUUAAAAACUGCCAUUAGUUAGCUGGUCUUCAGUUUUCACAAUACUCUAGUGGGCAUUCUUUUCUUUAAGCGGUAUAAUUGUAAUUGGAAUUGCUUCUUGCUACAGGUAGCAAGAAGCAAGGUCUGCUGAAUAACUUGCAUAACAUCAGUUCUUGUGCGGUGCGCAAAGUUUUGUCGAAGUCGCUGCUCCACACCUGUUUGCUUCCUCGGGUGCUGCAAAAGGGGCAGAAUUGCAUGUUGGUGCAAUGAAUUGUACAAAAGCACCAUCUGUGAAGCCUCCGGCCAUUCCUUGGACACUAUUGUGCACUUGUGAACUGUUGCUAUAACAACUAACCACCUGUGUUUGGAGAAGCCUCUGAGCAUUUCCUUUGCUUCUUGUGUUACUUGAACUGCAGUUCCAUUUUUAUUCAGGGCAAAUCCUGUUCCAAUUCUUAAUUUGUAGCUGGUGCUAACUAGACAGAUGCUCGCCAGUUCUAUCAAGUUUGCUUGUACAGCUGUGAGCAGUACAAGAAGCACUGCUGAAUUCGUUUUAGGCAGCGUUUACUGUGAUACAUGGACUUACAAUCACAUAAGUUAUGCGCAAAUUCACUUUAUAUUCAGCGAUUUAGUCUUGUGGAACAUGUUUUUAUGUCGGGCAUAGAUCUUAUGCCAUUGUAACCGCUUGAACGUGGAUUUGGGCAUUCCAUUUAGUAGUGCUUCAGUGAACACUUCAGUAAGUAUCUGUAGAGAGUACUGCUACUGCUGAGAACUAGUACAGAGGGACCAAUUAUUGAUAGAACUGACAACGGCUGAAGCUACGGGCUGCGUAUCACGUCGCAGACUGUUUUAAUGCAUCCCCUGCCUGGAUAGUGUUUCGUUAUAGUCUGCCAUUUAAUUAAAAAAAAUUUAAUAUUCACCUAGUAGCAUAUGGGAACAUUUUAAUGAAUGCAUAGAGGCCCUCUUUGUAGGACUUCCUGUCCAUGAACAAGUGCACGCACUAACUGAUUUCCACAUGUGCCUUAUGAUUUUCGGUUUCACCAAAUGUAGAGAGCGUUAUGCAGAAGAACCGGUGAAAAAGAAAAUUACUUGAACAUAUGAGUAUUUUUAUAUCGUAGGAUGUGUGCUCCAUAAUUUACUCUUGCAUUGAGUUUAUGUGUGACUGCUGUCAUAGCUGAAAGGGAUGGAAUGUUAAGACUACGGACAUUUUUAGUUUAGAUUAUGAGAAUGUACAUAAUGAUAACACAUACUUUACUCAUAAUAGCACGACUUCGUCACAGUAGUGACAGUUCUCAUUUUUUUGCUUAUUUACCAUCACUGAAACUUAAACAAAUAGCUGAACUAGUACUAAAGUCUCCUUGUUACCAAAUUUACCUUUUACGCAUUUUCUAAUGAAAGACUCGACAACGCUAAAGCUGACAUUAUUUGAUGAGUAGUAGUAGUAGUCGUAGUAGUAGUUUGAGUGUGGUUUGAAUUUGCACCUUAUGUUGUAAAGUUUUAUACGUUAAAUACAACCAAACAUAACACUGAAACUAUAACGAACACGGAUAUAACGAAAUAUUGGUUAUAACAAAGUAAAUGAAGAAUAGUUUUGCAAUACAUACAGUGUUAGGAAUAUACAUUUAUAAUGAAUUUUCGGAUAUAACGAUGUUAUUUUCGUGUAAGAUCUAACUUCGUUAUAAUGAGGUUUGAGUGUACCAGUUGUCGUGAUUUUGCAACAUUGCAACUGUACACUGUACUCGUAAAUGAGCGAAAGAGCCUCAAGCGAUAGGAAGCUAUAUUGGUGCGUAUCAUAUUCAGUUUCCUGGCACCAAAAUUUUCGCCAACAGAGUAUCCAAAUAAGUAUUCUAUUCUUACGUCAUGUUCAUUUUUGUAGCAGCACAUUUAGCAUGUCACUAACAGGGUAUUGAAUGGGAAGUGAUCUACAAUAUUGUUUAUUUUCAAACAAGACUAAUAAAAAUAUUUCCAGUUCAGGUUGGAACUUCAGUUGCAGCUGAACUAUGCUACCUCAUUUGCAAAUGUGUGCGAGAUUGCCGCAAUGUUAGGAGUGUUGCAGCAAAAAAUGUCUGGAAAUUUGUACUAUGCGGACAAACUAGGCUUGUGCAAAUAUUCGAGCACUUCGAUUAUUCGAACGAAUAUUACAGUAUUCGAAUUUAAAUUAUUGGAAAUUUUGAAGCAUUUGAAAUGAACGAAUAGGUGUAUAUUAAUCCGCAUGUAAUCCUCCUGUAAAAGCGGUUUCACUGCAGUGGAGGGGUGCUAUGCCGUGAAUACACCUAUCCAGGGAACUCCGCACUGCCGAGAAGCCCCACUUUAAGGUUCAACGAACCUUAAAGGUUCGUUGAACAUCGAUUCAUCAUUUUUUAAGUUUAAAAGCUUGUUAUACCGGCUUUGAUGCUCUAAGUAAAGUAAAUUCUAAAACAACAUAUUUUACAGGUUCUCACUUUCAUUCUACCAAAAGUCAAGACCUGCUGCUGUUCAAAGUUGCUUCCACUUCCCUUGAACCAAAAAGAAUGACAUUUGCUUAUGCCUUGUUUCAAUUUUAAAAUAUAAUGUGCAGGUCAGUUGGGUCAUGACAAAUAUGCUCAUUUUUCUUUACGUGAUAUAUGCUAUCCGAAUUCGAUUUGAAAUUAUUCGGCCAAAUCACUAUUUGCUUCGAACCUAAAAUUUACUAUUCACACAAGCCUAGGACAAACCUUUGCAAAUGUAUUCAAUGUCUGUGGCAGCUUUUGCAUAGUAAACUUUUAAGGUCCUGUGAAAAAGUUUCAAUGAUCAAUGCACCACAAUGUCUGACAUCUUGAAAACAAAGCUGUCUAGAGCACUGACCGUGCAUUUUUUU